GUUACCUCAGAGUGCCGAACCUUGUCGCAGGAGUAGAGCGCGUCUCUGUAAGCGCAAAUGUUGAGUUCCAGAAGUGACAGAACAGAACAGGGUGCAUGAAUAUCAGACUGAAAGUAAACCAGUACUAAAUUAAACCUAGCUGCUGCGGUGACAUAAGGAAGUUUCGUCUCACCCCCUUGGAAUACAUUGUGGAGCUUGUGGAGGUAUGGCGACCUUCAUCUUUCAUGCAAUUGUCCAAGGAGGAUGGAGUUUACAAGAGGACGCUACAGUCGGAAGCCUUCAACGGUGACUGGGUUGUGGGCAUAAGAAACAUGUGCGACGAGUCUGUCAGAAACAAGACAUACGUUUACAAUGAUGGGACUUCACGUUCACACACAACCAGGGGCUCCACGGAGUCUGUCCAAAAGAAGACCAGUGGGGGCAGCACGGGGGUGAUCCUGGACAUCAGCAACCUCAAGAUUGGCGAUGGGGAGUCAGGGGUGCCCCCACUGCCUCCCCGCUACAGAUUCAGGGACCUAUUGCUCGGAGACCAGUCCUUCCAGAGCGAAGACAGGGUUCAGGUGGAAUUUUAUGUAAAUGAAAACACCUUUAAGGAAAGGCUGAAGUUAUUUUUCAUCAAAAACCAAAGGUCAAGCCUGAGAAUACGGCUUUUGAACCUGUCCUUGAAGCUGCUGACAUGCCUUCUGUACAUAGUGAGGGUGUCUCUGGACGAUCCCACUGAGGUCACACGUGCAAGCAACAGCACGCACACGUACAACAUAACCGCUGAUCCUUCAGAUAUCAACUGGACAUUAAUUAUCUGGGUAAACAGAAGAACACCUGUCUGGGCUAUUCAGGUGACAGUGGCCUUAAUUAGUUUCCUAGAGGCAAUGCUCCUCACAUAUCUAAGUUACAAGGGAAACAUCUGGGAGCAGAUGUUCCAGAUCUCCUUCAUGUUGGAAAUGAUGAACACAGUGCCAUUUAUAAUAACAAUCUUCUGGCCGCCAUUGAGAAAUAUAUUUGUCCCUGUGUUCCUCAACUGCUGGCUGGCCAAGUGCGCUUUGGAGAACAUGAUCAAUGACCUCCACCGUGCCAUACAGCGGACCCACUCUGCCAUGUUCAACCAGGUGCUCAUCCUCAUCUGCACCCUGCUCUGCCUGGUCUUCACCGGUGCCUGUGGAAUACAGCACCUGGAAAGAGCAGGGAAGAACCUGUCCUUGUUUGACUCGGUGUACUUCUGCAUCGUCACCUUCUCCACGGUGGGCUUCGGGGACGUCACCCCUCGCAUCUGGCCUUCCCAGCUGCUCGUGGUCAUCAUGAUCUGUGUUGCGCUGGUGGUCCUUCCCUUACAGUUUGAGGAGCUUGCCUAUCUGUGGAUGGAGCGUCAGAAGUCAGGGGGAAACUACAGCAGGCAUCGAGCCCAGACUGAGAAGCACGUGGUGCUGUGUGUCAGCUCGCUCAAGAUCGACCUCCUCAUGGACUUCCUCAAUGAGUUCUACGCCCAUCCCAGACUGCAGGAUUACUACGUGGUCAUCCUGUGUCCCACGGAGAUGGACAUCCAGGUGCGGCGCGUGCUGCAGAUCCCCCUCUGGUCCCAGCGGGUCAUCUAUCUCCAGGGCUCCGCACUCAAAGACCAGGACCUGAUGAGAGCCAAGAUGGAUGAUGCGGAGGCAUGCUUUAUUCUCAGCAGCAGGAAUGAAGUGGAUCGCACGGCCGCCGAUCACCAGACCAUCCUGAGGGCCUGGGCUGUGAAGGACUUCGCCCCCAACUGUCCACUGUUUGUGCAGAUCCUCAAACCAGAGAACAAAUUCCAUGUGAAAUUUGCUGAUCACGUGGUGUGUGAAGAGGAGUUCAGAUACGCCAUGCUGGCCCUGAACUGUGUGUGUCCGGCCACAUCCACCCUGGUGACCCUCCUUGUUCACACAUCGCGGGGACAGUCAGGUCUUGAUCCUUCUGCUUGCAGGGAGGGCCAGCUCUCUCCAGAGCAGUGGCAGAGGACAUACGGCCGUUGCUCGGGCAACGAGGUCUACCACAUCCGUCUGUGCGACAGCAAGUUCUUCGGGGAGUAUGACAGCAAGAGCUUCACUUACGCGUCGUUUCAUGCCCACAAAAAGUACGGUGUGUGUCUGAUCGGCGUCAAACGAGAGGAGAACAAAAGCAUCCUGCUGAACCCGGGCCCGCGCCACAUCAUGGCUGCCACCGACACCUGUUACUACAUUAACAUCACCAAGGAGGAGAACUCCGCCUUCAUCUUCAAACAGGAAGAGAAGCACAACAAGGGCCUGGCGUCCGUGGGGCUGUACGACGCCCCCUCCCGCCUGCCCGUUCAGAGCAUCAUCGCCAGCAUGGGGACGGUUGCCAUAGACCUGCAGAACCCCGUGCCCCCGGAGGACAGCAACAAGCUGGGCGUGCCCACGGAGAAUGGCGCGGGCAGCCGGCGGCCAAGCAUCGCCCCGGUGCUGGAGAUCGCCGACUCCACGGCCAUCCUGCCCUGUGACCUCCUCACCGAUCCGCUGGAGGACGAGACGCCCCAACCAGACGAGGAGGGCCUGCCCAGUGCAGAAUAUGUGAAAGGAUAUCCACCCAAUUCGCCGUACAUUGGGAGCUCGCCAACCCUCUGCCACCUCCUACAUCAAAAGGCUCCAUUCUGUUGCUUGCGACUUGACAAGGGUUGCAAGCACAACAGCUUUGAAGACGCCAAAGCGUAUGGCUUUAAGAACAAGCUCAUAAUUGUGUCCGCCGAGACGGCAGGGAACGGCCUGUACAACUUCUUAGUCCCGCUGAGGGCUUAUUACCGGCCAAAGAAAGAGCUCAACCCCAUCGUGCUGCUCCUGGACAAUGCGCCUGAUAAUCACUUCCUGGAAGCCAUCUGUUGCUUUCCUAUGGUAUACUUCAUGGUUGGAAAUAUUGACAACCUGGAUAACCUGCUCCAGUGUGGGAUCAUCUACGCUGAUAACCUGGUGGUGGUGGACAAGGAGAGCACCAUGAGUGCAGAGGAGGACUACAUGGCCGACGCCAAGACUAUUGUCAAUGUGCAGACCAUGUUCAGGUUGUUUCCUAGUCUCAGUAUUAUCACUGAGCUCACCCAUCCGUCCAACAUGAGAUUCAUGCAGUUCAGAGCCAAAGACUGUUACUCGCUCGCCCUCUCCAAACUAGAGAAGAUAGAGCGUGAUAAAGGAUCAAACCUGGCCUUCAUGUUUCGUCUGCCAUUUGCUGCAGGAAGGGUGUUCAGUAUCAGCAUGUUGGACACACUCCUUUACCAGUCCUUUGUGAAAGACUACAUGAUCACCAUCGCCAGACUUCUCUUAGGGCUGGACACAACGCCAGGCUCUGGAUACCUCUGUAUGAUGAAGGUGACAGAGGAAGACCUUUGGAUCCGGACCUAUGGGAGAUUGUUCCAGAAGCUGUGCUCCACCAGUGCAGAGAUUCCUAUUGGGAUUUACCGCACCGAGUGCCACAUGUUUUCCUCCUCAGAGUCCCAAGUGUCCAUGAACAUGGAGGAGUGUGAGGAGUCGCGGGACCGCCGCGAGUCCUGGAAGGAGAAGCCGUCGCACCGCUACUCGAUGGGCAGCGACCAGUCGGACCACCCGCUGCUGCGCAAGAAGAGCAUGCAGUGGGCGCGGCGGCUGAGCCGCAAGAGCGCCAAACCCCCGAGCCGCGCCGAGCGCAUCAGCCAGCAGCGCCUCAACAUGUACCGCCGCUCCGAGAGGCAGGAGCUGUCCGAGCUGGUCAAGAACCGCAUGAAGCACCUGGGCCUGCCCACCGUCGGAUACGAGGACGUAGCUAAUUUAACCGCAAGCGAUGUGAUGAAUCGUGUAAAUCUAGGAUAUUUGCAAGGUACUGACAUGACAAAGGUUACUUACUUGACAGUGGCAAACACAGAUGAGAUGAACGAUCAGCAGAACACUCUCUCGUACGUGCUGAUCAACCCUGCGCCAGACACCAUCCUCGAGCUGAACGACAUUGUUUACAUAAUUCGCUCCGACCCAUUGGCGCACAUGCCCGAUGAUAUGCCGGCCGGGCAGCCGAGUGCCAAGGUUCACCAGGAGUACACCGCCGAGACUCGAGACGAGACCGACCUCUGAGCGUCGCCAGCAUCCCCCCCGACUGCCUGAGUCCCUGACCACCACCCCCCCCCCCCCCCACCUCCACCCCUCCAAUGUCUCCGCCGAGAGCCACCACAGAGCCUUGUUCACUUUCCCUCUCCAACCCUAAAUUACUGUAGCGCAUCAUCCCACCCACAGCACCCACACACACACACACACACACACACACACACACCCACACACACACACACACACCCACACACACACACACACACACACACACACACACACACACACACACACACACACACACACACAACACUACCAGCAGCCAUGAGGUACACACACAUCAUACCUCUACUCUUCACCUGCUCUUCUCCCCCAUCUGCUGGAGUGGGGACCUGCUGCUACUGGAGAAGAAGAGGAGAAGCCAUCCGUUUAGUGGUCACCUGAUUCAUACUAUACUAUUCAUACUAAACAAUACACUCGCUUCACAUACUCAACCCCAUGCAGAACUUACAUCACACGCUGAACUCAUGCCAUGCCAAUUCCAUAAUACAAUAUUGCUACACAGCCUUUCCCACACAUCACACACACAUUCUUAUAUCACAAAUACAUACUGUACACACAGUGCAUAACACAUGGGUACACAGUGUACACACACACACACACUUCUUCAUUUCAUUUCAACUUCAACAUUCAUCACUUCAUAUUCAUUCCAUACUACAGGUUCAAGCCUGUAGCCAUGCACACUCAGGCCUCCAAAGGCUACUGGCAGUUACUGUUCAAAGGAAACACUUUCUAGUUCCAUGUAUCACUUUUAUAUGGGAAGGUUUGGAUGGUGAAAGUGUUUGAAGGACCAAAGAGGUCAGUACAGUCCUUUUGUACCAGUCCAGUUGAGAAGAAAGGGAUCUUUACUGUGGCUGGCACUUGAGACCAGAUCAGAUUUGAGUUAUUUCUGUCACAUUUCACAGAUUUCUGUACAUUUUGUAAAGCACAAAUCCUUAAAGAGAUUUCAUAUCUGCACUUUGUUAAAUCUGAAUCACAUUGAUAAUCUAUAUGAAUGUCCCUCAAUGCAAAACUUGAAUUAUGUAAGAAUAAUGACACUGAUGUUGGCAGGUAAGAAGAGUCGCUCCUUCUGAGAAUCUGUCAAAGCAAGGCUUUUAUCUUGGCACAUAGCUCUUCAUUUGUCUGAUCUAAUGCAUGUUUGUAAAUUAAGUAUAUGUUAACUUAAAAAUGUUAACUAAAAAUGUAUCAAAAUCCUCAUAACAAACCACUUUUUUAAAAAAUUCACCAGAUUGAUUGCUUUUGGCCAGAACGGUGUGGGGGGGGCAAACACUCUCUGUGUCAGGUUCAUUACCUCUCCCCACAGUGUUGGGCAGUGAGCGAACUGACCACUGUUCACACUGACACACUCAACCAUGGCCACAUUCCCCGAGAGGUGGACCGAACCAGGGCUCUCUGUCUCUCUCUCCCUCCCUCUCUCUUUCUCUCUCUCUCUCUCUCUCUCUCUCUCUCUCCUAUUUCAGUAGACCAAUCCUCCCUUCAGGCAAAUGCCAGCUCUCCUCGUGUUUUAUAGGACUACAAAUACAUGCGGAGUGGGCAGUUUUCUUACCUCAUAGGUUACAGGCUGGUGUAUGGUACUUUGUAUCGAAGAUUAAAAAACCCUUUCCCCACAAAUAUGGCGAGAGGAGAGUAGUACGGGCACUGGGGAAGAGGACCAGAUCUUUCCUAGUUAUUUUUAAAGAGAAUUUGGAAUGCAGACGGUUGGUGCUGUGGCUCAUUCCCAGAGCAUCAGCGUUGUGAAGUGCACUGGCUAUAUGUGAAAAUGAUACUGUCAUGUACAGAUAUGUAAAUGCUUUCGGUAACAUGAAAUAUUUGAUCAACUUUGAUCAAAGUGAUAAGCAUUUAUUUCUUUCAAUGUCCAUUAUGUUAUAUCUAUAAGCUGUUAUAUCUAUAGUUUGUGAUUUUAUUCAUUGUAUAUAUUCAUGAGAUGAAUUCAGUGAUUUCUAUGUAUGUUCCUGCUUAUUUAAAUAUUAUUUCAAUGUUAAUUAUAGGACAUGAAAGGCAUUUAAAAAACUCUUGCACUAAGCUCUACCUUGAGAAAAGGAGUGGAAAAUAGCAUGACCCUUUAAACUUUAAACCACACAGUUGAGGAGCGCAACAUCUUAAUCUGACACUGGGCUUGGCUCAUUAAAAAUCUUUUUUUUUGCAUAUAGACACAGCUCAAAGGCAGUCAUGCUACUCUGCAAAAGGUUUAAUAGGGCAUGGAGAGCAACCACAGUUUAGAGGGAAAACAUGUACGAUGAAUCUUUUUUAUCAGAGCAGUUCAGCAAAGACACAUGACGUGAUGUCUGGACUGGAAUGAUUUGAAUAUCAUAGACUUUAUGAAAGUGAAUGUGCUUUGUUUCUGUGUCUCUCAUUAAAAGUUAAGUUAUUUGCAGAAUAAUCCCAGAUCCCAGCUACACUUGUUCUGCAUCAUCAUAUCUUUCAAACUAGCCAUUGGCAAAUAUCUCUUGUUUAAUUUUACCUGCGUCAUAAGCCUUAAAAUGAAACAUUUUCCCCAUCUAACUUUGCCAAAACUUCUUCUCUCCUGGGCUAGUUAACACUAAAAUGGCCCUUGCCAUUGAGAUCUAAAGAGAACCCAUUUAGAUCAACAGCCAUAUCCAAUACUGCAUGUUGUAGUUGAUCAGUAGUGCCUGAGGGUGGUUCUGAUGUACCCAAAAGACAUAGUGGCAGCAUGUGCAGUAUGUCAGACAGCCAGCCAAGUAACACCUGACUAAAAGGAUGGAAGGCCAUUCCACCCAGUAUGCCAUGGAGCAUGCCACAUCUAGUAACUAGUGCCAAAGCAUCAGUCGUGGCCUUUGGCCUCUAUAGUUCACUGAAAGCUAAGCCAUUGCUCGAUAGCAUUCUCUAACUCAUAAAGGCCAGUACUUCACUGAAAGCUUACCAGUGUUGCUCCUCUCGUACCAUUUGUCAUGAAGGAUAUGCACAUAAAGCAUGUAUUUUGAGGUAUAGCUUGCUUUUUUUGUUGUACAAUUCUGUAUCAUGAUCCGAAGGUGAUCUUACACAUCACUGUUUCAGUUUUUUGAAGUACCUUGUGAGUCUAUGAGUAGAAAUAUUUCACAUGGACCUUGCAUGCCCCUUGUUUUGCCAAAAUGAUCAAAAUAUUACAUUUGUAAUUACCUAUUUAUGUUGUUUAUUUGUUUUGUUAUGUUGACAUUUUUUAAAUGUCCAGAGAACAAAUGUGUCAAAAUUAAUUUUGUACAAUUUCUUAUUGGAAGUAUGUGUUCCUCUUGACAUGCGAGACUGAAAUAAUAAAUGCUGCAUGCAGCUAAAAACA